CCUUAUAUUUUUUCAUGACAAGACCAGAUAUUUUUAGUUUAAAGAAACAACUUGUUGUUUAUGGUUCUCACCAUAAUAACAAGGUGAAUAUUGCUAUCCAUAUGGUAUUCGUACCUACUAUUUUCUGGACAGCACUUGUAUUCGCUGCAAAUACCGGCCCAUUUGUGGAUGUCACUGGAACUCCCUUUAGCUUCUUAUCAGGCUUCGGUCCAAAUCUUUCAUUCGUCACAGUGUUGGGUUAUUUGACUUAUUAUGCUAUUCUCGACCCCAUUGCAGCCGCCAUUGCCACCCCCAUUCUUCUUGCAAUGAGUUAUACUGCUACAUCUUUCUUAAACAACAAUCCCAACGCCAACAAGAUUGCAAUUAGCAUUCACAUUGUCUCCUGGAUAUUCCAAUUCUUGGGGCACGGUUUUGCCGAAAAGAGAAGUCCAAAGCUAUUGGAUAACGUCGUACAAGCAUUGGUAUCUGCACCUUAUUUCGUAUUUUUUGAAGUCUUAUUCUAUCUUGGUUAUCGACCUCAGCUGUAUGAAGAAAUUAUGAUUGAUAUCAACAAGGAUGUUGCCGAAUUUAAAGCGAAAAGAGCAACACGUGAAGGAGCUCGUUACCAAUCACUCUAAGUCCCUAUGAUCUUUGUAUCGCGUUUAAUUUUUUUGCAUGAUCAAAUAAACACACACACACACUCUUUCUUAUUCUCUCUCAACGGCAAACACGUGAUGCACAAAGAUACCUCUUGUUUUUUUUGAAACUCCC